AUGGGAAACCAUGCAAUCCUCUCCGGAAGUGCGAUAAUCUUCAUCUUUCUGGCCAUUCUGAUCCUCUACUACAUCAAAACGUCUCGUUAUUACCGUCAAUGGUGGCGUGCUCGUCAAAGUGAGAAAUCAGCCAAAAAAGAGGAGAAAGCAAGAUUGAAAGCGAAAGCAGAACGAGAGAAGGAAGAGCAAGAGGACGAGGAAGAAUAUUCUGUGUGA